UCCAUGUCCGGAAGAUGUGAGAGAAGCUUCCGGAAAGAUGCCGCUUGCAAUUCACCAGGGAUUAUUUCAGGGUGCUGUUGAGCCCAUGCAGGUGGAUGCUCAACCAGAAGAAAAUGACAAUGUGGAGGAUAAUCAGUACCAAGUAGAAAAUACAUCACUAGAUUUGGAGCAGUAUGCAAGUCAGUACACAGGCCUGGCCCGUUUAAAGAGACAGCUGUUUAUCGCAGAGCACUGUCCAAGUCUGCGUGUGGAAGCACUUCGAAUGGCUCUCUCCUAUGUAAUGACGACAUACAAUACAAACUUGUAUCAAGAAAUCCACAGAAAACUUCAGGAAGCUGUGGCUUCUUCUUCAAGUUUACCAGAUGCUGUUGCUGGCGUAGUUCACAACAUGCCAGCCCUAGAUACGCAAUGGAUAGAAACAACGGCAAAGAAAGCUGCCCUCAAGUUGGAGAAGCUAGAUACAGAUCUGAAAAACUAUAAAAGUAAUUCAAUCAAAGAAAGCAUAAGACGAGGACAUGACGAUCUUGGUGAUCACCAUUUGGACUGUGGAGAUUUAAGUAAUGCACUCAAGUGUUAUUCCAGGGCUAGGGAUUACUGCACAAUCUCUAAACAUGUAGUCAAUAUGUGUCUAAAUGUUAUCAAGGUUAGUGUGUAUCUACAAAACUGGUCCCAUGUACAGAGUUACGUAAAUAAAGCAGAGAGCACACCUGAAAUGACAGAGCAUGGAAAGGAUGGGGGACAGGCAGUUUUAACCAAAUUGAAAUGUGCAGCAGGCCUAGCAGAUCUUGCCACAAAGAAAUACAAAUCUGCUGCUAAAUACUUCCUGCAAGCGAAUUUUGACUUCUGUGACUUUCCUGAGUUGCUGUCUGCUAGUAAUGUAGCCACCUAUGGCGUAUUUUGUGCUUUGGCUUCAUUUGACAGACAGGAGUUACAGAAAAAUGUUAUAUCUAGCAGUUCUUUUAAAUUGUUCUUGGAAUUGGAACCACAGUUACGAGACAUUCUUCACAAAUUUUAUGAGUCAAAAUAUGCAUCAUGUUUAAAGCUUCUAGGAGAAAUCAAGGACAACCUUUUACUGGAUAUGUACUUAGCUCCCCAUGUUAAUGUAUUGUACUCACAAAUUCGCAACAGAGCCCUAUGUCAGUACUUCAGCCCAUAUCUAUCAGCAGACAUGAGAAAGAUGGCCGAGGCCUUCAACACGUCAGUCACCGGUCUGGAAGAUGAACUCAUGCAGCUUAUUCUUGAGGGACAGAUCAAUGCCAGAAUAGACUCUCACAACAAAAUUUUAUAUGCAAAAGAUACAGAUCAAAGAAGUACAACAUUUGAGAAGUCACUCUCCAUGGGAAAGGAAUACCAAAGGCGAACAAGGGCUCUUAUAUUGAGAUCUGCAAUAUUGAAAAACCAGAUUCAUGUCAAGGGACCGCCAAGAGAUGGGGGUCAGGGAGGGGAAAUGUCCAUUGCACCAGGAACAGCUUCAUCGGCGAGGAACUGACCUCUGGUGACGGAGUGUGUGUCUAGUAUGUUGAUGAUGCCUGCAUACUAUACACCUUGAGAGACUUCCAGCAACUGUGAUACGAGGAUCCAGUUAUAGUACGCGAACAAUGAAUGCGAAAUUCCUAGCCAGCACUCAGUGUCAGCAUAUUAACAGAAUCUAAAACCAUACUACUGCCAGCACUCCUGGAGUACAAGAGACAUUCAUCCUGUGCUGUUCAACCUUUUCCACAGUUUUGUGAUAUGUUUUCUUGUUGAAAAAUUGUUGAUAAUUAUGUGAUACGAAAUUUUCCUCAGAAUUCAAAAUUCCAACCCCACCAUUGCAACCAAUCCCAAAUUUUACAGAAUCCCAGGUGAUAUGAUUUUCAAACCAUCAACUAUAUAUCAAUAUAUCUGAUGGAAACUAUAUACAAAGUGUGAAAGUCAUGAUCAGAUAGACAUUUGAUAAACUACAGGCUGUACCCGAGGAGAAUUUAUUUGUGUGAACUAGGAGCGUGACCUGUUUCAAUAUGGGGCCUAAAUUUAGACCCAAUAGUGCUUAUGUGCACUCUGGACAAGUAAACAACGGACAAGUUUCUGUGGUGGAGCGAUGCGGCUCUUCCAACAUAUAAGUGCUAUUUACCUUGAUUUCUAGUUGAAUGAGGAACGGUGAUUGACAGUAUGCUAUGUGGGCUGUAUGUCUUUAUUUUAUGCAAGUAUACUGAAACCACCAUUUACUCUCAAUAUGCUUAUUGUGUGUAGAUUGAUUGGGAUGUACGAAAAAGUGAGAUUAUAAUUCGUACAAAAGUACAUGCUGGCUUUACUCUGUGAUUUUAUAUUACCUAAAAGAUUCAAUAUUUUUUAAUGAACGAAUGGUGACUGCAGAUGUGUCAGUAUGUGGACUAAGUGCUUUGAUAUUGAGAAAUAUCCGGUUUUCACUGGAAUAUUUUUUGUCUUUAAGUUUGCAAAAUAUGAUGCGAGUCUGAUAAAGCUAUCACUUGUACUUGUAUAAUGCUUUACAACUUUACCAGUGAUAUUGUGCUAUAAUGUCGCCUCCAUUAUUUAUUAUGCCGUUAUCACCUCAAACUGGAGGGACAAUGUUCCUAUAUUUGGUUAUUCGGGAUGUUUUCUCAUACCAUACAAAAGAUUUUAAUAAAUCAAAUUUAAUACAAUAUUCAGUCUAGGUAAUGGUCAUGUAAACCCAUUUUGGUGCCAUAGAAUAUAAAAUUAUCAUAUUUAUCUUCAAGUCGAUAGAUAAACUAUCAUAGUGACAUUUACACUAGUUAUGAAAGAAAAUGCUGUGUAUUAUAUUUUAGAGAACAAAAUGUAACGAAAAGAGAGCUUUAUGUUAUCUGGGAUUAAAAACAUACAUGCUUUUUCAAUGUUAGAAACCGGAAUGGAAGGAAAAAGCUAAAAAUUCAGGAAUAGGUUGUAUUUUUAUUACUAUUAAAAAUAUUUAAGCAGUUAUCAUGACAAGGUAGAUUGCAUGUUGAUUCAAGUGAUUUAGAAUAGAAACUUAUGUAUAUAAAGAGGAAUGAUGAUGAUAAAUAUAUUUUUCUCUGCUGUUCGUGGUAGAGUAUGUUUCAGUAUAAUAUCAGUACUACUAAUGUCAUUUGAUGAAUAGCUCAAUACAUUAUGUGCUGCCAAUGUGAUCAUAGUGUCCAGCUAGAUGUGACAAUCUGAUAUCUAUCUUAAGGACUAAAAUUUCACAAUUCGAGAUAAAAGCUGAAAUAGUUUUACAGUAUGAAAAUUUUGUGAAGAUUAAUUUUUAUAAAUAAUAUAUAAAGGAAAAUUUGAUGAGUUCAGUUCUUGUUAUUCCAAUCAAAUGAUCCCAUUCAACCAUGAAAAACACAAAUGGAAAUGUAGCCCAGGCCAGUCAAAAGAGUACAUUUUGUAUGUAUAUGUGUAGUGAUACAUUUGUUAUACAAUAACUUAUUUAUCAGGGAACUAUAUACAUUGUAUAUGUGGCUACAUGAAAAUGUCAAUACAACAAACUUUUAACAAGCUAAGACAGCAUUUUUGCUUUGUUUUGUAAAAUAAAAUGUCAACCAAAUCCCACAUUGUUCAUAUCACAUACAUACAUGUAUGACUUUUAUAAAAAUUAUUUGGAUGAGAAAAGUUCUGAUAAAAAAAAAAGUUUUGAUAUACAUGAACAUGUAUGAGUGAAAAUUGUUCACUGUUCCAUUUACGCAUUUAAUUGGGAGUGAGAUAUCACAGACUAGAUUUUGUUGCAUGUGUUUGGAGAUGUGACAUCUAUUGGUGAAGCUGGUGUCUGUGUUUUCUUUAGGCAAAACACAGGAUUUGUUAUGUCAGUAGACCAGGUACAUGUACCGAUUCAAAACUUUAUAAACCAGGUGGAAAUCUUUGAACACCACUACAUGUAUAGAUUCAAAACUUGGUAAUACAUUCAUGAGUUUAUGAACAAUUACAGCACUUGUGUAUGAACCAGUUUUAAUACUGUGCAGGUGUCGUAGGGUUCGUGGAAAUGACUAAAUCUGGACAUAUACUAUGGUGUGUAGAUUGCCGAGACUACAUUUUUGUUUUCUUGGUUAUCUAAUUCAGCUUACACUUGUUCAGAACAAUGUUUCGUGAUGCAUUAUCAAAUAAAUGUUAUACUUGUGAUUUCCAUUUUACUUUUCUGACAAAUACAUCUGAAAGUGUUUGAGAUUUUUGUGUUAGGUUGGCACAGGAUUGCAUAUAUAUGUGGUCCAGGACUUCCAAAAGUGAUGGUCUACAAAUAUAGCCAUCAGGUCUUGUGUAAUGUAACAAAUGUCAUGAGCCAUUCUACUGAGGUUCAGUAUCUGUGUUUUCCUUCUAAUUUUGCCCAGUCUACACUACUUGAUGCAGUAGAACCACAAGUUCAAAAUGCUCUCAAACUCACUAGCAUCAACCGUAAUUUAUUUUCUAAUGGUUGGCAACUUUACUACAUUGUGUAUAACUGCCAACCUUUGGUAUAAUGACUUGUGGUUCAGUAGACACUACAACCAAAAUACUAAAAUUUCAAGUUUUCAGAUUCUUCAUUAAGAAAAGCACUGUUGAUUUUAAACCUUCAUAAUCUAAUGAAGACAUUUUUCAAUAAUUAAUUAACAUGAAAUUUUCAACAUAAAUUAUGCAUAAACUGAAAAAUUUAAGGUAUUCUGAAUUUAGUAAUUCCGAAUUGUUGACUUGUCAUUUUUCACAGAAUUUCCGCUACACUCUUCAGGAAAUGCCCCGAUUUGAACAUGUGCAGGAAUCACAGAUAAAUGUGGCUGAAAUGGACAGCAUUUUUCUGUUGACAUUCCAGUAGGUGUUGAUAUUAAAGGUAAUUUAUCUGGCAUUGCUUUGCCUGUGAUAAGCUCUCCUAUGUUCAAUAAAAAUGCUAUUUCAUUGUCCUGUAAAAAGUUGAUGUAUUUCCCCCUGGGUUUAUUAUAGGAUGAAUACUCUAGUACUUCAUCCUGAGCAGCUACAACAUCUGUUACUUUGAAUGAUGUUUGUUAGAAUUCCUAAAAAAAAACCCAGAUAAUUGGCGGUAAACAAAAUUCUUGAUCAAGUCUAUGAAUCAGAAAUGCUAGUAUCGGGGCCCAUUACCUGUUGUAUUGCACUUCUGCUAUUGGGUCACAUAUAUUUAUCCAAAGUAGUCUGCAAAAUGUUGUUUUUCAGAGAUUUCAGCUUGGGUGAACUUUUGUAUAGCACUCUGCUGGAGAGUCUAUUACCGUCGUGUCAACAAUAUGUCCUAAAUUAGGAUGAAACGCUCAUGUUGUACUAACUUGGAUCUAUACAUUCUUACAGUAUCUUGGUCGAGUCUUAAAAAAUAAAUCUGUUUAUUAAUAAAUGAAGUAUUAUUUUCA